AUGGAUACCACCGACACCGUCGAUGCUCCUCUAACAAGAGUGGCGCAGCCCAACGGGGCUCUUAUUGUCAACAAUGCCCGAACCGAAUUCCGUUCCAAGGCCGAGUUAGAACGCGUCCGCCGGCACAGACAGGCGCAGAAGGCCUACGGCCGCGGCCGCCAAAUCGAUGUCAAGAAUGUGAGGGACAAAAAGCUGCGGCGCAACCUCACGAAUCUCGAGAACAAAUACAAAACGGCGGCUUUGAAGGCGAAGGAGGCCGAGAUUCUGCUUGAAAACUCGUCGGGCUUUCUCGAAACCGAGACAGAACUCGAGCGGACAUACAGGGUUCGCCAAGAUGACAUCCAGAAGGAGGUCGGCAUCGAUGUAGCACAAAAAAAGUUCGAGUUGAAACUGACUGAAUUGGGCCCCUAUGUCUGCGAGUACAGCAGGAAUGGGCGGGAUCUCAUCCUGGCGGGGAGGAAAGGUCACAUCGCGACAAUGGACUGGCGGGAGGGCAAGCUGGGCUGCGAGCUGCAACUGGGCGAGACGGUUCGGGAUGCCCGCUUCCUGCACAACAACCAAUUCUUUGCUGUGGCGCAGAAGAAGUACGUUUACAUCUAUGACGCCAACGGUGUCGAGCUUCACUGCCUCAAGAAGCAUGUGGAAGUCUCGCACAUGGAGUUUCUCCCGUAUCACUUCCUGCUGGCGACACUGAGUAUCAGUGGCCAAUUAAAGUACCAGGACACCUCGACCGGUCAAAUAGUCACCGAGAUCCCGACCAAGCUCGGAACCCCCGUCUCCCUUACACACAACCCCUACAACGCCAUUUUACAUGUGGGCCAACAGAACGGCACGGUUACGCUGUGGUCACCGAACUCAUCCGACCCCCUGGUCAAACUCCUCGCCCACCGAGGCCCAGUCCGUUCACUCGCGGUCGAUCGCGAGGGGCGGUACAUGGUGUCGGCAGGGCAGGACAACCGGAUGGCUAUCUGGGACGUCCGGAACUUCAAGGAGGCGGUUUCCAGCUAUUUCACAAGGUCACCAGCGUCCUCCAUCGCGAUAUCAGACACAGGCUUGACGGCUGUCGGGUGGGGGACCAAGGCGACGGUGUGGAAGGGCCUAUUCUCGAAAGAGAAGCCGGUACAAGAGAAGGUCCAGAGUCCCUACAUGACGUGGGGAGGAGAGGGCCAAGCGAUCGAGCGAGUCCGGUGGUGCCCGUUCGAGGACGUGCUCGGUCUCGGCCACACAGAGGGUUUCUCGUCUAUCGUGAUCCCCGGCGCCGGCGAGGCCAACUACGAUGCGCUCGAGGUGAACCCGUUCGAGACCAAGAAGCAGAGGCAGGAGGGCGAGGUCAAGGGCUUGCUGAACAAGCUGCAGCCCGAGAUGAUCGCGCUGGACCCCAACUAUAUUGGAAACCUGGAUCUGCGGUCCGAGCAGCAGCGGAAGGCCGACAGGGACCUGGACGCUCCCGCUGUGGACAUUGUGGAGGAGAUGAGGCACCGGGCCAGGGGCAAGAGCGGCGCGUUGAAGAAGUAUCUGAGGAAGCAGCGCAAGAAGAAUAUUAUCGACGAGAAGAGGCUCAAGGCGGAGGAGAUGUACAAGGAGAUGCAGGAGAAGAAGGACGAGAGGCACAAGGAGCGGCAGGCCGAGCUGGGGCCGGCGCUGGCGCGGUUCGCCAGGAAGGACUAG